GAGGCUCUAUAACGCCAUCCCUGCGAGUCGCGCGCUCAUUCAUUACAACUCUUCAGCUCAACGCGAGCAGCUGCAGCCCGGACCACCGCUCGCGCCAAACUUUUCCCAACUUUACCCGCGCGACUCUCGCCGCGUGCCAAACUCCCGCGCGCCCGCCCUCCGGCAGCAGAAACCAGCAGCAGACUGAGCGCGUGCAGCAGCAGGAUAGCGGACCAUGCCUCGCAGCUCGCGCGCCGUGUAUGGCACCGCUAUCACCGGCGUGAUCCUCAUCGUCACCGGGGUCGCGCUGCUGGUGGCGGGGGUCUUCCAGAACAUCAUCAACAAACGCCUGAAGGGGGAGAUCACUCUGACAGAAGGCAGUAAAGUGUUUGGCACAUGGAAGAACCCGCCUCCUCCCGUCUUCAUGGAGUUUUUCUUCUAUAAUGUCACAAACCCAGAGGAGUUCAUGGAAGGAAAAAAACCCAGGGUCAACACCAUGGGCCCCUACACCUACAGGGAGUACAGACCCAAAACCAAUGUCACCUUUGUGGAAGAUGGGAAAAAGGUUUCUGCCCUGACCCCGAAGACCUUUGUGUUUGUGCCGGAGUUGUCAGCUGGAGACCCCAGUACAGACAAUGUUACUACUGUUAACAUCCCAGCUGUGGCGGUGAUGAAUAAGCUAAAGGAAAGCAACUUUUGGGUGAGAUCAUUCAUGUCCGUCUUAAUGGGCUCCUUAGGGACCAUGUUUUUUACCCACACUGUGAACGAGCUGCUGUGGGGCUUUGAGGACCCGCUGCUCAGCCGCCUGCACAAGAUGAAGCCUGAAGUGGAUGGGAAGUUCGGUCUCAUGCUUGAUAAAAAUGGCAGUACCGACGGAGAGUUUGUGUACUUCACCGGAGAGCAGAACUACUUGGAAUACGGCCGCAUCGACACCUGGAAAGGCCAAAAGCUAAUGUCGUUUUGGAACACCAAUCAGAGCAACAUGAUUAACGGCACAGAUGGCAGCGCCUUCCACCCCUUCCUGACGAAGGAGGAGCGUCUGGAUGUAUUCACUGCAGAUCUUUGCAGGUCCAUCCACAUGUUAUUUGAGAAGGAGGUGAAGGUGAAGGGCAUCCUGGCGUACCGCUACACUCCUCCACGCGCUGUUCUUGCAAGUGGAAAGAACAAUCCGGAAAAUGAAGGCUUCUGCCUUGACCCGGCAAACUGCCUAGACGACGGAGUGCUGAAUGUUGCGGUGUGUCGCAAAGGUGCUCCUGUUAUCGUCUCAUUCCCUCAUUUCUACCUGGGUGAUAAGAAGUAUGCGGACGCCAUAGACGGUCUGUCACCAGUUCACGAGCACCACCAGACCUACUUGGAUCUGAACCCUACUACUGGUGUCCCGGUUCGUGCCGCCAAGCGAGCCCAGAUAAACAUCCUUCUGGACAGAGUAUCUGGAUUUCCCAUGACCAGAAACUUGAAUGGCACUGUAUUCCCUGUUAUGUUCCUAAAUGAGUCUGUUGUGAUUGACGACGCUUCAGCAGCGAGGCUGCACAAGCUGCUGACCAUCACCUUCAUCGCCGCCAACUUCCCCUUCAUCCUUGUCACUCUUGGAGUCAUUCUCUUGCUCAUCAGCAUCCUCCUCUACAUCCGCUCCCGCCAGAAGAAGAGGGAAGUUAAGCGCUUUGAUUUUGUGGAAGCAUACUAUUCUGGGCCUACCACGGCGAAGUCAGAAACAGCCUACUCACCGGUCUGCGCUAAAGCCGACGACCCGGGCGAGAAGAACGGAACAUACGUUGGCCUGUCACCAGUUGAGAAAUCCUGAACAGGGCACACUUCAGUAUUGGUGUGUGUGUGUUCUUGAAUGUGUGUUUAUGAAUGUGUGUGCAUGUCAAAGGUCCCACAAAUGUUGAUAUCCAGAAAUAGCCGUUUUUACAGCAGGGCCGUUUCAGCUAAUGGAAGGAAUAGAGUUUAGGAAGCUGAUUGGUUAAUGAGAUGUGACAUUUUACUGGCCUUCAACUCAGGACUACAAAUGGAGCCGUUACCGAGCGAAUGAGUGAGUGAGUAAGUGAAUGAGUGAGUGAACGUGUGAAUGAAUCCAUGCCCUCUUUGCCUUGUUGUGGUCAUUUAUACUGAACUAUUUUGCAUAUCUGGCUGCCAUGGCGGGUCAUUUCAGGUCACAAUCAGGAUUCAGGGGGUCGAAAAGAAGCUACAAAGCCCAGUUGUGAACAGGGAGGGGUGGGUUGGGGGGUUGGGUUUUCCAUUUUAAAAUUGGGCUUCCAGUACUACAGUGCCUUUGCAUAGGACAUACAAUUUACGUGCCUUUUGCACAUAAAUUUGGACCCAUUUCAUGCCAAGCAACUAUGCCAAUAAAAAAACAUAUACUAAGAAAGAAAAUCAAAAGCAUUCCAGAGGAAUGAGUUUAUAACAUAGCAUUGCAUUGGAACCUGUAUACAUCACUUAGCAUGGUGCUAACUUCACAUCUGAAUUGAAAUGUUAAUAUAUUGGCCUCAAACUUAUAAUCAACUCUCAAAAAGUUGUUCAGGUUGAAUCAAAAUGCAUCCUCUUCUGUUUAUUUGCAAUAUUGAAAAAUAUUGAAUCAGUUGGAAAUAUUAAAAAGUUGCGGCACACUUUAAAAACUCUUUUUCAUAAUAGAAUCAAUUCAAUAAAAUACAUUUAAAUUGGGCUCCAAUAUUAACAAAUAUAUAUAUUUCAGUUUGUUUUUUGUAAUUGAUGUGAACAUUUUUCACUUAUUGAAUCAACACAAUUCCAAUGAAUCAUUGGAACUGGGGUGCACAAACUUUUGCACACCCUGCACUCGGUGUGUGUAAAUUGAACUAUUGGCCAAACUGCCGCACGCGCUUGCCCGUGGUGUGGGCAGGUUUGUUAGUAAAAGGAAAAAUAAAGUGCACAAUUAUAUGUUAUAUGUUAUCUGUGAUUUGAUUGCAGCACUGCUGACCACUGAAGUCUGUAGUCGGUGUGACGCCCAUAUAAGGAAAUCUGAGUCUAAGCUGUGUUUAUCUAUGGUGAUAAAUAUCAAUCAGCGCUUUAGAAAGUCUCCACUAGCUCACUUUGUGUUAAACACACAUCGUUCACAUUCAGUUCUGCAAACAUCUCCUGAAUGUCUCUGGAUCUUCUAAAUAUUGAGCUCAUUAAGGAGGUGAACUAUGCUAAGCUAUGCUACAAGCUAAGCUAACACUGCUGUGCACUGAAUUGACAUUAUGUGAACUAAACUCACAUCUUGUUGUAGAGCAUUCAAAGCUGCUUAAAUGCAAACAUAAAAAGGAACACUUAAUCCAGUCUACCACUAGAGGGCACUACAUGGAUGUAUUUACCACACUGCACAAAAUAUAUUAUGUUAAAUCCAGUCUAAAUGUCUAGAAUCAACAAUAUUAUAAAAUGAUGAAACUUAUUUUUAAGUCAUUUUAUAUACUAAAAGGUUUUUCACUGACAGACAAUUGAGCUAAAUUGGGUAAUUGAGCUAAAUUAUUAUAUGAUUUCUUGAAAUUAAAAAAAUAUAUAUAUUUUGGUAACAAAAUAUGUACCUGGCACUUUUUGAAAAAUAAUGUAUUUCUUAUAAAAACAAAUUUAAAAAAUAACUAAAUUUAAAAAAAAGAACUUGUUAUUUCAUAUUUCAUUUGUAAAUUGUUUAACUGUUUAAUUUUUAAAAAAAGUAAAAUCAAGAAAAUAUUUUCUUGAAAAAAACUUAUUAGUUAACUUUAAAAUAGUUUAAAAAAAACAAAAUGACAAAGCAAAAAAAAUGUGAAAUACGAUGGUGUUUGGAAUGUGUGUGUUUACCACAGAGUGAGAUUUGGAAAUUGCAGAUUUGGAAGUUUUUGUGGUGUGGUUUUUUUUUUGUUUGUUUGUUUGUUUUUCUUUUUUUCAGAUUUUUUUUUAAAUGGGCGCAACACACCGAUUAUAAGACAACUUUGGGGUUUUUGUUUGUUACUGAAUUAAAAUGAUGGGGUGUUUAUUUUUUUUGAAUGGAUGAAUUACGCUAACGUUUUUUUUCCUGUUUAUGUUACUCUCUAUGCGUGUUAUCAGCUUUCACUAAACCUGCAGCGACUGAAGUAAAUACCUUUAUUUCUCUUAAACCGAUAAACGCAACAGUAUAUGUAUAUUGUCAUAAUGCACUAGAUAAAUAAAGCUCAGUGUUACAUUAAGGAGUGUUAUGUACGUGUAAAACGUCGUUUAGGGUGGGCUCGGUUCAGUUUGUACACAAUCUGUGAGUGAAAGUGGAUUUUUUGUCCCAGGUUACCUGAACCCGUCCCGUCUGCUGUGGUCAGUCUGUUGACCAUCGCUAUAGUUUAUUAACCCAUGCUGAUAUGAUCAUGUGCCAAUCAUGUGAUGAAGCUGUAUAGGGGGCUUUCCAAACACAGGCUAAAGCCAGGUCUAUCCUAGUCCUGAUUAAAGCUAAAGCUGUGUUAGGAAAUCCCGACCUGCCCGGUUCGGCGAGGUCAGAUUUCUGCUUUCUGUGAAAUGAUGAGCCUUACUGUCAUUUAUCUGCUGUUCCAGAUCACAUUCAAACCACAGCUGAGGAUAAUCACACUGCAACAAAUGUCCUCUCAGCAAGAGAAACCAUCUCUUCUGGUCUAAACAUAAAAUAUUCUAGGAUUUAUUUACUAAUUUUAUGUUCCACUCUCAGAUUAUUGUGUUUAUUAUAAGAAAUAGUGCAGAGAAAUUUGCUUUGCCAUUAAAUUUUACAAAAACUUACAUUUUCAAAACUUUUGCAAAUUUCGAUUUGUUCAGAGGUUUUUUACAAUCCAUAUAAUUUUGUAUAUUCCCAGACAUUUCCAGAUCAGUGUUUAUUUCAAGAAAAAAUAUAAAAUAUUGGCAUAAUAUUGAUCGUUUUGACCACAUGUUACGUAAUGUUAUGUAAUAUGUAAUUACAUGCGCUUAAAACAAUGAUAGAUAAUUGUUUAUUUCUACGAACAAAAUAAGAUAUUCAAAUGAUUGUGCCUACUUAAAAAAUAAUCAGAUCAUUUUAUUCAUGUUAACAAAACAUUUAUUUAUUUAAUGAUUUAUUUUAAUAUUAUAAUAAAUAAUGCUACUACAUAAUUGUGUACUAUAAAUGCUACUACAAAAGCAAAAACAAACUUUCAGUAAAUAGAAUUAUCUAAAGCAACUAAAAUGUAUAGAAACUGGAUAAAUAAUCCUUCUUCUUUCUCAUAGUAAGAAAUGUUUGAUAUUAAGACUAGAUUAAUGAUGAGGAUUUCUCUUGCUAAGUCGUAUUUUUUGCAGUACAGGCCAGUGGCAUGAGUCUGAUUCAUUUCAACACCAGAACAUUUCACAAAAUAAACAGACGACUUUGGUCCAGAGGAGGUCCGAACAUCACAGAAGUUAUUGAGUAUUAUUUGCUAAGUGUUAUAAAGUGUUAUGAUUGCAGAAACAGGGCUUGAUGUACACUUGAUUUAGGAGACAGGAUGAUUUGUGUAGUUGAAAGUUUAGCAAUAAGCCUGUUUGUAAUGUGAUUUUAAAGCUGUGUAGUUUUGACCAUAUCGGAUGUACAAACACUGUUCUUGUGUGCCAUACUUGUAUAAUGCUGUGUGAAGACAAGUAUGAAAGACAUGAUGUCUGUGUACAAUUUACACAAAUAGAAGUUAUCCACGUUUAUUUUAGUCGAGUUUAAUAUAGUCUAAUCUGUAUAGGAUAUAAAAUCCUUGCAUUUCAAUUUGUAGACUCAAAUUUCUAUACAGAAUUUUGUAUAUAUAUGAAAAGCCAUCCUCUUUGUUUCCAAUAAAAUAUUAAAUCUGUUGUAA